AUGGGACUAUACAAAUAAUUAAAUGCCAAAAAUAAGAAAUUCAACUUUGCUCUAGACGCUAAUAAUGUCAAAUCGACCUGAGUUACUCGCACCGCCGGAGAUAUUCUAUGACGAAACCGAAGCUCGGAAGUAUACUUCUUCCUCUCGUAUCGUGGAAAUUCAGGCGAAGCUAUCAGAGAGAGCUUUGGAGCUUCUUGCUUUACCCGAGGAUGGUGUUCCUAGAUUCUUACUCGACAUUGGUUGUGGAUCUGGCCUUAGUGGAGAAACAAUUUCUGAAAACGGGCAUCAUUGGAUUGGUUUAGACAUUUCUGCCUCAAUGCUAAACGUUGCUGUGGAGCGAGAAGUUGAGGGUGAUCUUUUACUUGGCGACAUGGGGCAGGGAUUAGGUCUUCGUUCUGGAGUUAUUGAUGGAGCCAUCAGUAUUUCAGCUGUUCAGUGGUUAUGCAAUGCGGAUAAGUCAUCGCAUGAACCUCGUUUAAGGCUAAAGGCUUUCUUUGGGUCACUAUACCGCUGCUUGUCAAGAGGAGCAAGGGCAGUUUUUCAAGUGUACCCUGAGAAUAUUGCUCAGCGUGAAUUGAUUCUUCGCCAGGCUUUACAAGCUGGAUUUGGAGGUGGACUUGUUGUUGAUUAUCCACACAGUACUAAGAAAAGAAAAGAGUUCUUGGUCCUCACAUGUGGUCCUGUUCAGACCAGUAUUCAAACCAGUAAGAAUGAGUAUGAUGAGAGUUGCUCAGAAGAUGACAAUAGCGAAGAUGAAGAUGAAGAGGUGGGUGUAUCAGAUAGGAAUAGGCCAAGGAAAAAGCGGAAAACGAACAAACAAGGGAAAGGAAGAGAAUGGGUUCUGAAGAAGAAAGAGCAAAGUAGAAGAAAAGGAAACAAUGUUCCUGCUGACUCCAAGUACACCGCUAGAAAACGCAAGUCGCUAAGAGCAGGUGACAAACUCUCCCUCCUGAAAAGGAUAAAAGAUGACUUAGAGGUCAUUCAACGACUCGUAGACACUCGAGGGAACACAAUACUUCAUAUUGCUGCUGCUUUGGGUCAUCUCCAUAUUGUGGAGUAUAUAAUCUCUAACUUCCCGAAUCUUGUACAAAAACGGAAUUUGAUGGGUGAGACGGCUCUUCAUGUUGCAGCCAGAGCAGGCUAUCUCAAUAUUGUUGAGUUUCUUGUUGUAUUCGUAACAGAGUCUUUCUGUAAUACAUUCAUUGCUGCUAAAAGCAAGAACGGUGAUACUGCAAUACAUGCUGCGUUGAAAGAUAAACAUGCAGAUGUUGCUUUAUACCUAGUGAGUAUGAAGCAUGAUCUAUCAUUUGAGAAGAACAAUGAUGAAGCAUCUCCUUUAUAUCUGGCUGUAAAAGCUGGAAACUGUGAGCUCGUACAUAAAAUGCUUGAAUGUUCAUGUUGCCUAUCUAAAUUUGCUUCGCUGUUGAGUGGGAAAUCUGUUAUACAUGCAGCAAUGAAGGCAAAUAGAAGAGAUAUCCUUAGUAUUGUUCUUAGUCAAUAUCCAGAACUUAUUGAAUUACGAAACGAAGAAGGAAGGACGUGUCUUUCCUUUGGAGCAUCAAUAGGAUCUUACGAGGGAAUUUGCUAUAUACUAGGAGAAUUUGACAAAGCAGCUUCAACCCUUUGUUAUGUCACUGAUGAUGAUGGUCUCACUCCGAUUCAUAUGGCGGCAAAGGAAGGACAUGUUCAAAUCAUAAAGGAGUUUCUUAAACACUGUCCUGACUCAGUGGAGCUACUUAACAGUCAAUGUCAGAAUAUUCUUCAUGUUGCUGCCAAAACUGGUAAGUCGAAAGUUGUCAAGUAUCUUUUAAAACUUGACGAACGGAAGAGAAUGAUGAAUGAACAAGAUGUCCAUGGGAAUACACCGUUACACCUAGCCACCAAACAGAGACACCCGAUGGUUGUGAAUAUGCUUACAUGGAAAGAUGGGAUUAACCUCACAACACUGAACAAUGAUGGCUUCACAGCUCUAGAUAUCGCUGAGACAUUGAAGGACAAUACCUACGUACUUCAAAAGAGAUUGACUUGGAUGGCUUUGGUAUCUGCUGGUGCACCAAAUGGUCCGAACCCGAUUGCAUUGAACGUGUCACAGAAUCAAAUACCAAAUCCAGAAAAAUACAAGGAUAGUGUCAAUACUCUUAUGGUGACUGCAACACUUGUAGCAACUGUGACCUUCACUGCAGGUUUCACAUUACCUGGUGGUUACAUGAGUUCUGGUACAGAUUUAGGUAUGGCUGCAUUGGUCAAUGAGUUGAAUUUUAAGGUAUUUCUGUUGUUCAACAGCAUAGCAAUGUGCUCUUCUGUGGUAACUAUAGUGGCUCUUAUUUGGGCACAAUUGGGUGAUGCUCUUCUGACAAAGAAAGCUUUUCAACUAGCUUUACCACUUCUUGCAACCGCACUUGUAUCUAUGGCGAUGGCAUUUGUUGCUGGAGUUACUCUUGUGGUAAGCGAUCUCCCAUGGCUUUCCCAUUUUGUAUUAGCCAUAGACUCGGUCUUCUUUGUACUCCUGAUGCUACUUAUCAUUCCUUACGCUUUCUCGUCUACCAGACAAGGCUUUCUCCGACACAUCUUCUACUUUCCAUAUUUUUUGAUGCUUUUGGUUGUUGGUGAAGACAGCAACACCAUGGACGUUUAGAGAUUGAUCUGUUCAACAACAGUUUUGUAUUAUGAAAAACUGUUUUAAAUAAAAGUCAAGAGAUGUUCUGACUUUCGACAUUGCCACAUUGGUGUAGACAAAUGUGCUUGUAUGUUGUAACAUUAAAUCCAUGAAAUGGUU